CUACUAAUGGGUGUGAGCAAGUUAGAUAUUCUGUACCGGAGACUUCUCCUCACAAAACUUUUUAUCAGAGGAUGGGGAAGGCCAGAGGAUCUCAAAAGACUCUUUGAAUUCAGAAAGGUGAUUGGAAAUCGAGAAAGAUGUCAGAAUCUGGUUUCAAGUGAUUAUCCAGUAUACAUCGAUAAGAUUGAAGAGCAGUCAGACUGUAAGAUCCUGGAUGGACACUUUGUUUCCCCCAUGGCCCACUAUGUGCCUGAUAUCAUGCCAGCUGAAUCUGUUAUAGCAAGGUUCCAAUUUAUUGUGCCUAAAGAAUGGAACAGCAAAUAUAGACCUGUAUGCAUUCAUCUUGCUGGAACAGGAGAUCAUCAUUACUGGAGACGACGAACACUAAUGGCUCGUCCUAUGAUUAAAGAAGCCCGAAUGGCUUCUUUGUUGUUAGAAAACCCUUAUUAUGGCUGCAGGAAACCCAAGGACCAAAUACGGUCCAGCUUAAAAAACGUGUCUGACCUUUUUGUGAUGGGAGGAGCUCUUGUUUUAGAAUCUGCAGCUCUCUUGCACUGGCUGGAGAGGGAGGGUUAUGGCCCUCUAGGAAUGACUGGAAUAUCCAUGGGAGGACAUAUGGCUUCCUUAGCGGUAUCCAACUGGCCUAAGCCCAUGCCGUUGAUUCCAUGCCUGUCUUGGUCCACAGCAUCUGGGGUCUUCACUACGGGUGUGCUGAGUAAAUCAGUUAAUUGGAGGGAGCUGGAAAAGCAGUAUUAUACACAGACAGUUUAUGAGGAAGAAAUUAUUCACAUGCUUGAAUAUUGUGGAACAGAUUCUUUCAAAAUGGGACAAGAGUUCGUGAAACGCUUCCCUAGCAGUGCAGACAAGCUAACUAACCUUAAUCUGGUUUCUAGAACUUUAAAUUUAGAUAUGACGGACCAAGUUAUGUCCCCAAAACCUGCUGAGUGCCAUAACUCUAGUAAAACAUCUAUCAGUGCCAUAUCAGAAGGACUCUUGUUGCAUGAUACCUCUAAGAUGGAGUGCUUCAAUCAAACACUUUCAACCAACAAAAGUAGUUAUAUGAGUUGCAGUCCUCAGUCAUACCACCUACUCAGUAAAGAACAAAGAAGAAACAAUCUUCAGAAGGAAUCUUUAAUAUUUAUGAAAGGAGUCAUGGAUGAAUGUACUCAUGUAGCAAAUUUCUCAGUUCCAGUUGACCCAAGCCUUAUUAUAGUGGUUCAAGCCAAAGAAGAUGCCUAUAUUCCACGAACAGGAGUUAGAAGUCUACAAGAAAUCUGGCCUGGUUGUGAAAUCCGGUAUCUAGAAGGAGGUCAUAUUAGUGCUUAUCUUUUUAAACAAGCACUCUUCAGACGAGCCAUCUAUGAUGCAUUUGAACGCUUCCUCCAUAAAUACGCUAAUUAAUUGGAUCACUGUAUGUAACCAGUGCGACCAUCGUGUUCUUACGAAAGGAGUUUCAUCCUUUGAGGAUGUGAAGAACAAGCAGACAGCUCUAUAUAUCGAACUGCUAUUGAUUUAGUCUGGAAUUCAGUGUCAAAGAUCAGUCAACUGUAAUCUUUAAAUACCUUUGAAUAACUUUAAACCAAUAUUUGGAUGAAAUAAUGUUGAAGUAUUUUGUUAUUGUUUGUGGGAAUCCCAUAUACUCAAUAUCUAGUCUGUUACUAUUUAUGAAACCUUUAAAUUUUUAAUUAUGAAUAAUUUAUUAAUUUAAAAUAAAUUUAUUCAUAGAAACCCUAUUGGUUUUUAAAGAACUGCUAAACCGAACUAAGUUUGUAAUACAUCAGCCUGUAUUGUAAACCCUUAUAUAUUUCUGCUAUUGACUUGAUUUGAGAAACAUGUUUAUUUCUUUUAUGAAUCCAUAG